AAUGGUGCUCAGUUUGAAUGUUAUUCUGUUCCUAGCUUUGCAUGUCCUGACUACAGUGAAAAGCUCAAUUUUAAAUUUGACUAACAACGGAUAUGAUGGCAUUGUCAUUGCAAUUAACCCCAGUGUACCAGAAGAUGAAAAACUCAUUCAAAACAUAAAGAAAAUGGUAACUGAAGCUUCAACUUACCUGUUUCACGCCACCAAAAGAAGAGUUUAUUUCAGGAACGUAAGCAUUUUAAUUCCAAUGACCUGGAAGUCAAAAUCUGAGUACUUAAUGCCAAAACAAGAAUCAUAUGAACAGGCAGAUGUCAUAGUUGCUAAUCCUUACCUAAAAUACGGAGAUGAUCCCUAUACACUUCAAUAUGGACAAUGUGGAGACAAAGGACAAUAUAUACAUUUUACUCCAAACUUCUUGUUGACUAAUAAUUUGCCUAUCUAUGGGUCCCGAGGCAGAGUAUUUGUCCAUGAGUGGGCCCAUCUCCGAUGGGGAGUAUUUGAUGAGUAUAAUGUGGACCGGCCAUUCUAUAUCUCCAGAAGGAACACUAUUGAAGCAACAAGAUGUUCAACUCAUAUUACUGGUAUUAACGUGGUUUUCAAGGAAUGCCAGGGAGGCAGCUGUUUAACAAGGCCAUGUAGACGUGACUCACAGACAGGGCUGUAUGAAGCAAAAUGUACAUUCAUCCCAGAAAAAUCCCAGAGCACAAGGGAAUCCAUAAUGUUUAUGCAAAGUCUCGAUUCUGUGACUGAAUUUUGUACAGCAAAAACACACAAUACGGAAGCUCCAAACCUACAAAACAAAAUGUGCAAUUACAGAAGCACAUGGGAUGUAAUCAUGGACUCUGAUGAUUUUCAGAAUGCAUCUCCCAUGCCAGGAACAAAUCUACCACCUCAUCCUACAUUUUCAUUGCUCAAGUCCAAACAGCGAGUAGUUUGUUUGGUACUUGAUAAAUCUGGAAGCAUGGAUUCAGACGACCGUCUCCUUCGAAUGAAUCAAGCAGCAGAAUUAUAUUUGAUUCAAAUUAUUGAAAAGGAAUCUUUGGUUGGGAUGGUCACAUUUGACAGCUCUGCUGAAAUCCAAAAUAAUCUAACAAAAAUAACUGACGAUAAUGCUUACCACAACAUCAUUGCAAAACUGCCUCAGUUUGCUGGUGGUGGAACUUCAAUUUGUAAUGGACUCAAAGCAGGAUUCCAGGCAAUUGUCUACAGUAACCAGAGUACUUCUGGUUCUGAAAUCAUAUUACUGACAGAUGGGGAAGAUAAUCAAAUAAGCUCAUGCUUUGAGGAGGCAAAAGCAAGUGGUGCGAUCAUCCAUACCAUUGCUCUAGGCCCUUCUGCUGCCAAAGAACUGGAGACUCUGUCAAAUAUGACAGGAGGACUUCGUUUUUCUGCCAAUAAAGACAUAAACGGCCUUAUUGAUGCUUUCAGUAGAAUUUCAUCUAGAAGUGGCAGCAUCACUCAACAGGCUAUUCAGUUGGAAAGUAAAGCCUUUAAUAUUAGCAGGAGGAAAUGGGUAAAUGGUACAGUGCCUGUGGAUAGUACAAUUGGAAACGACACUUUCUUUGUUGUCACAUGGACAAUACAAAAGCCAGAAAUUCUUCUCCAAGAUCCAAAAGGAAAGAAAUAUAGAACCUCAGAUUUCAAAGAAGAUAAACUAAAUAUUCGGUCUGCCCGUCUUCAAAUACCAGGUAUUGCAGAGACAGGUACUUGGACUUACAGCCUACUAAAUAAUGCCAACUCUCAAAUGCUAACGGUGACAAUGACUACUCGAGCAAGAAGUCCUACCACACUCCCAGUAAUUGCAACUGCUCACAUGAGUCAAAAUACAGCACAUUACCCUAGCCCAAUGAUUGUUUAUGCACGAGUCAGUCAAGGGUUUUUGCCUGUUCUGGGAGUCAAUGUAACAGCCAUUAUAGAAAACGAAGAUGGACAUCAAGUAAUAUUGGAGCUCUGGGACAAUGGUGCAGGUGCUGAUACUGUCAAGAACGACGGCAUCUACUCGAGAUAUUUUACAGAUUACCAUGGAAAUGGUAGAUACAGUUUAAAAGUAUUUGCCCAGGCAAGGAAAAGCACAGCUAGACUAAGUUCAAGACAACAACAGAAUAAAGCUCUAUAUAUACCAGGCUAUGUUGAAAAUGGUAAAAUUAUACUGAACCCACCCAGACCUGAAAUCAAAGAUAACACGGCAGAAGCUGAAGUAGAAGACUUCAGCAGACUAACCUCUGGAGGGUCGUUUACUGUAACAGGAGCCCUGACGCCUGGAAAUCAGAAUCAUGUGUUCCCACCAGGUAAAAUUACAGACCUCCAGGCUAAGUUUAAAGAAGAUCAUAUUCAACUUUCAUGGACUGCCCCUGGCAAUGUCCUUGAUAAAGGAAAAGCCAACAGCUACAUUAUAAGAAUAAGCAAGUGUUUCCUGGAUCUCCAAGAAGAUUUUGACAAUGCUACUUUAGUGAAUACUUCUAGUCUGACACCUAAGGAAGCUGGCUCAAUUGAAAAUUUUGAAUUUAAACCAGAACCUUUUACAACAGAAAAUGGCACCAAAUUCUAUGUUGCAAUUCAAGCCAUCAAUGAAGCCAAUCUCACCUCAGAGGUUUCUAACAUUGCACAAGCAUCUAAGUUUAUCCCUCCACAAGAACCCAGCGCCCCUGGUCUGGGUACCAAGAUUUCUGCAAUCAGUUUGGUAAUUUUUGGAUUAGCUGUGAUUUUAUCUAUCCUUUAAACUAGGAAUUGUACUAGAACUAAAACUCAAUGUUAUGAGUAUUUGGUAAACAUUUAUUUAGAAUUUAAUUUGCUAUACUUGUCUAUUAUAAAACUCUUUGUAAUAUAAAACUGAAUGUACAAAAGGAGUAAAUUUCCUAAUUCCUUGAGUUCAUUAAUGCUAAUUAGAUGCUAAAUGUAAAUAAAAAUGAGUACAACAUUUCCUAUCUUUGAAAAACCCAUUUAUUAACUCAGUAUAAAAAGAAGAUGCAUAUUUGUACUUGUAGGCUUUUUAAGAAAUUUUUGGAGUGUGCUACAAAUUCACUUGGUAUAUUAACAAAAUCAAAAUUUAUCCAAGCCAUUUGAAAAAUAUUUACAUAUCCACAAUAGACAAUUCUAUGGUAGAAUUAUUUAAGUUUUAUUCUUGAUUAUGAAUGAAUACUUCAUGUUUACAUAAACUGUAAUCAAAAAGGACAAUAAAGAUAAUUUUCCAAUGAGAAAUGGUCUAAGGCAGUAAAGAGGUCAAGUUUUUUUUUAUCAUUGAUUAAAAGUGGUAUAUGAAAGUUUUGACUCUAGGCAUGAAAUGACUGUUAGAUAAAAAGAGAGUUUUAUGUGUGAAUUGUGGAGCAGUCAUAUUUUGAGACAAUUACUAGAUCCUGAGUAUCACCAAGAUGCUCCAUCAGGGCAGGGAUUUUUUUUGUUUUCACUGCUAUAUCCUCAACAUCUAGAAUAGUACUUGACAUUUGGUAAAUACUCAAUAAAUAUCUGUUAAACAAAUUAAUGAAUAUUUUCAUACUAUCAAAGAAAUUCAAAUUUGACCCAUUACAUCAAAAAAUAUCCACAAAAUAUGAUGUGCACAUGAUAAUGUGAGGACUCAACA